AAUAUAAAGAGCUGAUUUUGUUUGUAUUCAUGACAGAAACCGUCCACGUUUCGAUAAGUACAGUCGUUCCAGUUAAUUUCGCAGGAAUAAUGGCGCACCGAUUGAUCUGGAUGUAUGCUUUGCUUACCUUAAUCAGCGUCAACCUGUCUAGUCAAAGUUCUAACGAGAACAGAGGCUUUACUGGUGAUGAAACUGAGAAUGGAGUGUCAGUGACGUCCACUGCUGUUGCUGUCCUGAACAGCAAGCUCACGCAGAUCUUCUUCCCAGUGGUGUACAUCAUCGUCUUCAGUGUGGGCUUGCCAACCAAUGCUAUGGCCAUCUGGGUGUUCCUCUUCAGGACGAAGAAGAAACAUCCCUCAUCCAUAUUCAUGGUCAACCUCGCACUGGCGGACUUGCUGUUCGUAAUCUGGAUUCCCCUGAAGAUCGCGUACCAUUUUAAUGGGAAUAACUGGAUCUUCGGAGAAGCCCUGUGCAAAGUCCUGGUUGCCUUUUUCUAUGGGAACAUGUAUUGUUCGACUGCUUUCAUUGCAUGUAUUAGUGUCCAGAGGUACUGGGCUAUAGUACAUCCUCUUUCCCAGCAGAAAAGGAACAACAAAUUGGCAACUGGUGUUGCUCUGUGUGUGUGGCUGGUUGUGUGGGUAAUUACCGUGCCUCUUUAUCUUUAUGACCAGACCGUGAAGGUCACCAACAUGGACAUUGUUACCUGCCAUGACGUCACUCGCCCCAGCCAGUCACGCUACCCUUCUAUCUACUUCCUGAUUAUGGGAGUUGUCGGAUUCAUAGUUCCCUGCAUAGUAUGUAUAGUGGCAUACGUGCAGAUGCUACGUUCCCUGAAGAGCUCGAUGACAGACGCUGACAUCGUUCAGAAGCGAAGGAAGGCUGUUAUCCUCAUCGUUACGGUGCUGGUGAUGUUCCUAUUGUGUUUCACCCCGAGUAACAUCAUGGUUAUGGUGCAUUACUCCCUGCUCUCAAUGGGAUUACGGGACAGUGGUUAUGGCUUCUAUGUUACAACGCUAUGCCUGGCCAGCCUCAACAGCUGCGUCGACCCAUUCCUAUAUUAUUUUGUUUCAGAUGAGUUCAGAGAACAUGUAAGAAACACGUUUCGUUGCCGCAGCGAACGCACCGCGCAGAGGAUGCGGGUUUCUUUCAGUGCACUGAAGUAUUCGAAGAAAAGCAGUACCUACACAUCAGACUCUGGAAACACGCAGAGCAGUUCCUACUAAGAACUGUUUUACAAAUCUGUGCUAUGCUCUACAAUACCUCUUGAAAACUAUAUAAGCUCUUGUUAUUUCAUUAUUAAAUGUUGAACAAGUUAAAUAAUUAAAUUAUUAAACAAGUUUCUGAAACAUGCACUGAGUUAUUGUCAACAUUUAACAUGUAAUUCAGUCAACGAUUAAACACUUUUUUUUUUUUUUUUUUUUUUCCAUAAUCUCACAUAAAUGCUUUUUUAUUUAUCUUGGUAAAUAUGGGAAUCACAUCCAUAUUUGAAGAACUUAAGACCUUAAAAGGACAUCCAAGGGUUCUCACUUCUUGGAACUACAAAUUGGCCUCCUGUUUGAAAUCAUGGAAAUGUUGAAGAGUUAUUGUUGUUGCCAUUACGUCACUAGUUACAGGUUGCCUCAUUUUAGGUUUAAAGACCUGAAAAUUGUUUGGUCUGUUUGGUUCAGUGGCAUUUCUCAAUCCCCUUUCAAAUGACCUUUAAUCCAGUUCUGUGGAAGUAGACUAAACGUUGACUGAAUAACUAAUGCUGUAAUAUAUUUUAAGCACCUGUUACAGAAACCAUUUUGCAUUUAUUCCGGUUUACAUAAAUGCAUGUACACGUAUCUCUAAAAGAAUGUGAAAUGUUAUGUGAAUCACACCAGUGACCAAUUUUAGAUGUGUGAAUGUAUAACCAGCAAACACUAAAUGCUGGAUUGGUAGUCUCAUUUUUAUGCAUAGUCUUGUAAAUGCUGGUUUCUUUUUGCACUCCCAUGCCUCACUUGGUUUCAAAGCACAUGUGUAGGUUUUAAUGUUGUUUUAUCUGUGGUCUAUUUCGUAUUUGUUUUGUUUUGUUUUGUUUUUUAAGAAUUAUCUGAAAUUUAAUAAAUUUGUCUCUCGUCCAUGUCUGCCUAUGAUUUGCUGUGUAU